UAGGCAGGAGACGGGGAGGGUCACAGAAGAGACACCGGGAGAGUGGGGGCGAUGGGCCGUCAGGUUCUGUGUCAAGCAUUUCAAAGGAGAGUAAGACGAUACCUGCUUUAUGUUAGAGUACUGCCCCAGGAAUGCCAUUGAUCCUAUACAUCACGUUAUUCGCCCUCACAGCAGGGCAAACCUUGACGUCGCAUUUCACUUCUACCAGGGGUAUUCUCCCCCAAUACGAAAUACGAAACAUCCCCGCAACGUGUUAAAUACUUCUGAGGUACACGAACAAAUGCAAACAUCACUGACGCCGCGCGACGCAGAUAUGUUCAUGUCUCCCGACAAGGGAUUCGACGAGUUACGACGCGUGCAAGGAGCACCGCCAAUGCAGCCGGACGUCGCUCACGACGCGAGUAGAGGAGAGCCUAGUAACACUCCCGUCAGCCGCCCCCGACUCCGACUCCCCAGGCCGUGGCAACUCAGCAGAAACCGAAAUGGUUAUCCUCCAAACUCCUUCAUCACAAUGGCAGAUAAGAGGCAUGUACUAUCUGCUGUCUAUUUUAUCUACUGGCUUGCAUUGUUAGGCUACGCGGUUACGGUACGCGUAGCUGCAGCACCUGGAACUGGUCCUGGACGGACAUUAGGUUAUAUCGAUCGAGCGCAAGACAUUGAAGUUUACUGUACUGUGGUCGUAGCCCUGCUUAUCACCGCUGCCUUUGGGCCACUUGCGAUCUUAGUUGUCCCAAUGUCAGCCGUCGCUAUUGGUUUGUGUAUCAUGGAGGCUAUUAGGCUAUCACAGAAUCCCCAUCGAAGGCAUGAGUAUAUCAUGCUCUCUGUUCUUCCAGGCCUCAUAUUUUUACCCAUGUUGCUGAAUAUAAGAGAGGUUUGGGUAUGGUAUGAGUGGUAUAUAAAGGGGGGGAAGGAGCUCCCGGAUGUAAAUAUAGUACAAUAAAGGUGUAAAGAGACCCUCCUAUCGUCGGCCAUCUUCCAUUAAGUCAGCUUAUUAAUAUCCUAGUUCUGCAGUAUCUCGAAUCUCCACUGCCGCUCAUGAC